UUAUAAUAUUGUUCACUUGGUCAUAUUUGUUUCCCACCGCAUGCCCUACCGUUUGAAACAGAGAAAACAAUAAGUCAUUUUCUAUAUUUUCAGACACAAUAAAUCAGUCUCUCCUAUAAUAUAAGCUUCAAACUUAAGCCAUAUAUUUUCUUCUCACUUGUGCUAGCUAGAUUGGCUUACUAUCUAUAUAUACACAAGCGCGCGCAGUCACAAAGGUUGGAUUAAUAUUUAUCAUUUAUUAGCAUCUACCCUAGAGUUUCUUUAAUUAAGAACAAGCUCUAGCAUUAUCUUUAGCUGUCACAAGGAGAAGCACAAGAUGGGAGUACAAGGCACUUUGGAAUACUUCUCUGACUUACUCAGCAGCACCAAGAAGAAGAAGAAGAAGCAAACCCAAACUGUAGCUUUGAAAAUCAGAAUGGACUGUGAAGGUUGUGCACGCAAGGUUAAGCACGUCCUUUCUGGAGUUAAAGGAGCUAAAAAGGUAGAAGUGGACUUGAAGCAGCAGAAAGCAACAGUGACUGGAUAUGUUGAACCAAAGAAAGUGCUUAAAGCUGCUCAAUCUACCAAGAAGAAGGUUGAACUGUGGCCGUAUGUUCCAUACACUAUGGUUGCUAACCCUUAUGUUUCUCAGGCUUAUGAUAAGAAGGCACCUCCUAAUAUGGUGAGGAAGGUGCCUGACACUGCCAACAUAUCAGAGACAACUGUGGACGACCGCUACAUACAUAUGUUCAGUGAUGAAAACCCAAAUGCCUGCUUUAUCAUGUAAUUAAUUGAUUAAUGUUUGUGUAGUGAAUCACACACUAAAAUAUAUGAUAAAUAAAUAUAAAAUUAAUGGGGUAGUGGUUUUUGACUUUUGUGUAAAAUAUAUGAUAGAAAAUUUUGCAUGACUUUUGCAUAUGGCUACGAUACUGAUUGUCAUGUUUCAAUCUUUCAUUAUCUUAAUCUUAAAGAUCGUUUGUUGGGAAGCGGGAGGUCUUAGAAAAGGGUAGACGAAAUGAGAGCAAACUUGGGGUAUGUCAAGGGACAGCAAAUAACGCCAUCGUCAUUUUCACAUUUUCUUGUUGGUGACCU